AAACAAAAAUAUUAUAGGACAUGAAGCUUUUUUUUUAAUACCUAUAGAGAUCUUUGAAUAAAUUUUCUAAUAUUUGUACAUACGUACUUUCAUAAGCAAUGGGGACGAUUCGACGAUGCCACGCUUUCUUGGCUUGGCGCUUCUUGCCGAUUUGAAUUUUGCGUAUUAUCGCUGAAGCAGUUAUCGGAGAUUGCCAUGUGCUCGUUUCGAUAACGAUUGCGAUUGCAAUAUUUGCUUGCUGGGUGGCAGCAUUGUUCUCGUUGAAUAGUGCUGCCAUACUUUACAAAUAUUUGCGCAUAGAGCUGGAUUCGAAUUUUGUUGAUAUAGAAAUAAGUAGUUUGCUCAAUUUUGUUGGCUGUUUAAUGCCAGUAAAUGAAAAAUGUUUAAUGUUAGUACCUCGAUUACAACGCAAUCUUCGGAUAAUACAAACAGCAGCGGAAAUACCACACAACGCUACAGCCAAUUUCAUGAGCAAAAACUAAUUGAAAAGUAUUACCGUGAUACGGAGUUGUUCGGCUUGAUUGAAGAAGCAGUCGCAAAGUUUACGAACAAUUACACGGAAACGCGCAAGCCGGAGGAGGCACUUGCUCCGAUUUUGAUUCGUCUCGAUUUUGAUUACACGGAUCUAGUGAAGCACGGUCAACAACUACUGCAUUUCAUCUAUCGCGAACCCUUGCAGUUUGACGAAGCCGUCAAAUACUCCGUUUACGGCCUGGUGCGCGACUUGCUCAAGGCGAACAGCAACAACGGUCCCAAGGCCAUAGAUAUUGCCCAGUUGCAUACCCAGUGGCGUCUGCUGGACAUUCCGCUCCAGAAGUGUCUGAUCUUCUGUCCCACCAAGUACAAUUGUCCACUGGGCAUCUCCUUAGUACACGGCAUCCUUUCCGCUUACACACCUCCAGAAAUAUUGGUCUUGCAAUCUAUUUGGUACUGCAGCGGCAACUGCAAACGCAACGCGAUUCGAAGCAAUUCCACAGAAGGCAAGUGUUUUGCUAAUCUCUGGAUAGACACUUUAUUAAAUUUUCUUGGUUUUUCUUGCAGCGCCUUUGUGUCCCAAUUGUUCACAGUCCAUGAGCGAAUAUCAAAAGUUGCGUGUGACUGA